GAUAAAACACACGCCUUUGUUUCCUCUAGGUUUUGAUUAGUGAAGAGAAAAAAAAAAUGAAGAAACAACUCUUAUCUUCAGCGCCAUGGAGAGGAGAAGAUGAAGAUGAAGAGAAAUUCAAAGAUGGGAAACUCAAAUUAACAAGCCAAUCCGGAGGUGAUUCUACUAUGUAUGUUCCUGGAAAGAAAUCAGUUUCUUCAAAAGCCAACGAUAAGAACAGCCUCAAUGAUUCUCUCUCUGAAAUUGACCCAGAACUUAGAUACAGCUUUCAGAGGAAUGUUCAGUUUCUUCAACGUGUUUUUACCAUCGACACCCUUGUAAAACCACUUCCUCCGGCAGUAUCGUACAAUGUUUCUCGCAAUUUGAGCUUUUUUACGCGCAUCUUCACGCAAUUCUUCGAUCCUGAAGGCAUUUCUAAUGCUCAGAAAUCACUUGGGUUAGGUCAAGAAGAGAAAGAACGACGUGUUAAGUAGUCCUGGAGAAGUAAUAGCGUCAGUCGGUUGUUUGAAACUUAUACCGGCUCUUCAUGUCAAAAUUCUUGCACCGACUAUUAGUUUCUGUGUAUGCAUUACUUUCAAGACAUGAAAUUUAAGUUGUUAAUCAUACUCUUCAAUAUAUAUAAGUAAAUUUUUGUUAAUCCUUUAAGUUAGGCUAUUGUAGUUUGGGGUUUGCAAACGGGAUUUAUGUGUGUAAUCUGGAAGAUAACACCAUGCACAUUCUCACCUCUAAUAUUUAAGUGAUAUUCAGUCAAACCUUAGUUGCAUUCGGGGAA